GACUUCAUUCGCCCAAUGCGUUUCAUCGACCAUUGAAAGGGCUUAGCCUUUAUUUCCACUAGAUGCCGCAAUCCUGACUGAAGAAACAUAUGAGCUAGCAGGUGCCCCGAUAUACGGUUGUGCUGGUUUCUUUACUUUUGUGCGACUUGCCCACAGUACUUAUUCCUAAAACCCACGCACUCUCCGUGGUGGUGUGGAAGAGCAGCCAUGUCGUUUUUGGGCGACCUUUUCAGUUGUGGUCGGGCGAGACGGACGCGUGAGACGUCGACAGAGCCGCUUGAAACAAACGACGCGACGCCCGAGCCCAGCAACGCACAUGGAACUACUGCAACCACCGUUCACCCCACGAUUGAGGAGCCGAACGACAUCCCCACGCUCAAUGAAGACCGUAUCGAGCGCGUCGCGAAUCCAGUGCGCGCAAGUGUACGGUCUGGUGUCGAGAGUCGCGGUAGCGGGCUGAGCAAGAACGAUGAUGUCGAGCUGGCUGUCAUUUCGGAGAAGUCGAAACCGAGUGCGGGAUGGAUGGUCGAACAGAGGGUCCUAGUCACCGCUACGUCCGCCACAAAGCAAGACACAUCUUCAUCGGCCGAAGAGCAGGAGACCAAGCAGGAACUCGAACAAAAGCACGAGCAAGAACAUCCUCGCGCUGUCACCCCGCCUGUUCGCUGCGCCACCCCUGAGCAGGAGCCAUGGAACUCAACUCCUGUCGCCUAUACACAAGUAGAGCCUGAAGUUUGCGACACUGCCGUCACUGCACCCAUUCGAAGUGCGACACCUGAACCAGAAACCCGUGCGAUCACCCCCGAGCAGCAACCCGAGCAAAGCACCCCGUCCGUACAGGACGAGACACCAGAACUGGCCCUCGCUGAAGUCCCAUCCCCUACUCCUGAGAUUGACGAUGUUGUUGAAGACGUCGCGACGCUCAAGAAGACCGCACCACUUUGCUUCCUCGACAUGCCCCCAGAGAUCAGAAACCGCAUCUACGAGCGCAUGAGCGAGGAGGUGCCCAUCAGGAUGUGCCGACACGAUGAUCCAGCAUUGGCCCAACGCGAAGACGAACCUAAGCCGACAAAGCGGAGGCAAUACUACAACCUCACGCAGGUAUGCCACCAGCUUCGCGAAGAAUUCCUACCGAUAUACGCGGAGAAGGCACACUACAUCAUCGACCUGUGGAGCCAGAAGUCGAACCUGGUCAAGAUUGAUUCGCUCAAGGGCCAGGUCUCUUUGGAUAUCGAUGCUGCGUGCUUCGACAUGGAGCCCAUCGACUUGCUGCCGCUCAUCCGAUGCCUCGUCCGCACACGUCGCACCGACUGUCGCUUCACCUCUACUGAGGGAGUAGUCUUCCGCAGCAUCUCCGAGAUCGUUGGUGAGCUCAACAAGCUGCUGCCAAACCCUGCCAACAGCAACCAAAGCUGGCUUACCGCAGUCAACGGGCCGAUGAAGAGGAUCGACUUGCAUCUGUUUCCCCACGAUGACAUCCGACAGUACUACCGAUUCCGUGGUGCUGAGCCCCUGCUGCGCGUAGUCUACCCAUCGGCUGUGAGUGAGGAGUGGAUGAAGCGGGCUUCCAAGUCGGAGGGAUACGAAGCGUACUUGCAAAAGACUGGAUUGGAUAAGUUCGAGAUGCAUGUCGUUAUCGGCCACGCUUCUCGACGGACCACAAACGAAGGUCGUCUGCCGCUCGACUGGCGCAUGAGUUACCAACUGUCGAGGCACUCCAUUGACGGCCGCGGUCCUCGCAUGUCUAUGGAUAUCGCAGCUGCUCGCAUGUCUAUCGACAGGGCGCCUCGGAUGUCAUAAUGACGAAUUGAUAAUGUUUGGGGCGAAUGCGCAUCCUGCGCUUAGUGCUUACGUCCUGCACUUCACGUUCGAGCUGUACGCCAUUUUGAGUAUGGCUGUUUAUGAUUGUAACAGGGCGCAGCGCCCCUUUACCUGUAAUGUUUUCUAGGGAGGACGAUCUGUUUGUAAGCGCAUGGCGUGAGCCUUGGCCGUCCAGUGACGAAGCACACUCAUCCGCAGUCGCUACGGGCGGCCUCAUAGCAUCAUACCCUUUUAUGUUUUUUAUACCCUAAAAUCGAUCA